UUAUCCUAUCCUAGGUAUUCCAGUCGCUAAUGCUAAUUAACGAGCUAGCCAACUAACAUCCAUCACCAUGAGCUCAAUAAGCUAUUCGACCCCUAUUAAAGAAGAGAUCUGCUGGUCGGAAAAAGAAGCUCUGGGGCUGAACAUUAUCAUGAAAGAGGAAGAGGAGGAUGAUGUCACCGUGAAAGGCGAGGAUCCGGAGAUAACUGUCACAGUGAAAGGGGAGGAAGAAGCUGUGUUAGUGAAGGAGGAAGAGGAGGGGGAGAUGACUGUCACAGGGAAAGGGGAGGAAGAAGCUGUGUUAGUGAAGGAGGAGGGGGAGAUGACAGUCACAUGGAAAGGGGAGGAAGAAGCUGUGUUGGUGAAGGAGGAAGAGGACGUUUUUAGAGUGAAAGAGGAGGAAGAAAAGGAAGAUAUGACUGUCAUGGUGAAAGAGGGGGAGGAGGGUGAAGAGGAGGAGAAGAAGGGUGAAGAAGAGGACACUGGAGAUCUGAUUAACACCAGAGAGAGACACGACUAUCCUGGAUCCUCUGGGGAGCCUCAACAACAUCCUGAUGCCGACGAGGAAGAGAAGAGUCUCUCCAGAUCAGAACACCAGAUGGACAACGCGAGCCCUUCCUCCUUCCCGGAGUCCCCGUGUCGUGCCUCUCCCAGUAGCACCUUACUGCUGGGUAUGAAGAGGUUGUCUGUGCUGCUGGUGGACUGCAGGAAAACAACGGGGCUGAGUGGAACUGUGAGAGGAGGAGAAGAGAAGAAAGGAUCAGAUUUGACUCAAAGAGAAAGACCAGACUCAGAGGAACCAGAGACGUCCAAACCAGCAAGACGACACCACUGCUCCCACUGUAGAAAAGGUUUUAACCAGUUAGGGGACCUGAAAACACAUGAGAGAAUACAUACAGGAAAAAAGCCAUACCACUGCUCCAAGUGUGAAAAAGGUUUUAGCCAGUUAGGAAACUUGAAGCGGCAUGAGAGAAUACAUACAGGAGAAAAGCCGUACCACUGCUCCCACUGUGGAAAGGGUUUUAACCAGUUGUGGGACCUGAAAGGCCACAAGACUUUGCACACAGCGGAGAAGCCUUAUCACUGCUCCCUUUGCGGAAAGAGUUUUACCGUGUUAGGGAGCUUGAAAAUACACAAGAUAAAUCACACAAAGGAGAAGCCUUACCACUGCUCCCAAUGUGAAAACAGUUUUACAGAGUUAGGGAGCCUGAAAAUACACGAGAGAAUACACACAGGAGAUAAGCCUUACUACUGCUCCCAGUGUGGAAAGAGAUUUACCCAGUUAGGAAGUCUGAAAGAGCAUAAGAUACAGCAUACAAGGGAGAAGCCUUACCCCUGCUCCCUUUGUGUAAAGAGAUUUUCCUCAUCAGGUUGCCUGAAAAGACAUGAGAGGACACACACAGGCGAUAAACCUUUCCAAUGCUCCCAGUGUGGAAAGAGUUUUUCCAUGUUAGCAAGCCUGAAAAGACAUGAGAGGACACACACAGGAAAUAAGACUCAUCACUGCCCCCAGUGUGGAAAGAGUUUUAACCUUAAAGAAUACCUGAAAGUGCAUGAGAGAAUACACACAGGGGAGAAGCUAGAGAAGCAUUUCCACUGCUCACAGUGUGGAAAGAGUUUUUCCUCGUUAGCGAGUUUGAAAAGACAUGAGAGGACACACACAGGAAAUAAGCCUCAUCACUGCUCCCAGUGUGGAAAGAGUUUUAAGCUGAAAGGACAACUGAACCAGCAUGAGAGAAUACACACAGGGGAGAAGCCAUACCACUGCUCCCAAUGUGAAAAGAGUUUUGCCUGGUUAGGGGACCUGAGAAGACAUGAGAGGACGCACACGGGAGAGAAGCCUCAUCACUGCUCCCAGUGUGGAAAGAGUUUUACCCAGUUAAGACACAUGAAAAGACAUGAGAUAAUACACACAGGAGAUAUGAACGUAGACUGAACAGUGGAACAGAGGACAGAUGAAGGCCCAAUACAUGAUGGGCCAGUAGUCCCCAGAGACUCUGAUUGUGUCUUGACUUUCCAGUGUUUUCCCUCCUGCGUGUAUUAUGAAGGAUUGUGUUUGUGGAUGUGUUUUCUGGGUGAGGGUUUGGUUUGUGCCCUAGCACAGUUGAUUCAAAUAUCCAACUCAUCAUCAAGCUUUUCUUAUUUGAAUGGGCUGUGUAGUGUUAGAGGACCUGAAAGAAUACAGAGGUUUUGUUCUGACUUUUCUCUUUUUCUUUAAGUUGUUGAAAUGUUCCCGGAAUCACUGACCUUCACAUCUUAAAGUAAUGAUGGACUAUAUUUUAGCUAUCUUCUGUAUACCCCCUACCCUGUCACAAUACAACUGAUUGGCUCAAACGCAUUAAGAAGGAAAGAAAUUCCACAAAUUAACUUUUAACAAGGCACACCUGUUAAUUGAAAUACAUUCCGGGUGACAUCCUCAUGAAGCUGGUUGAGAGAAUGCCAAGAGUGUGCGAAGCUGUCAUCAAGACAAAGGGUGGUUACUUUGAAGAAUCUCAAAUAGAAAAUAUAUUUUGAUUUGUUUAACACUUUUUUGGCUACUAAAUGAUUCCAUAUGUGUUAUUUCAUAGUUUUGAUGUCUUCACUAUUAUUCUACAAUGUAUAAAGUAGUAAAAAUUAAUAAUUGAAUGAGUAGGUGUGUCCAAACUUUGACUGGUAUAUAUGUAUGUAUGAGUAUUUAUAGGUGUAUGUACAGUUGAAGUUGGAAGCUUACAUACACUUAGGUUGGAGUAAUUAAAACUAGUUUUUCAUCCA